UCAAAUAAAUAUUUUCAAUGGUAAUUUUUGCCACAGGCCGAACUGGUUUCUAGGACACCCAUCAAGGAUGCGUAAAAGGCAGAUCGAUACGUUGAAGAUAUUCAAUCACAACGUACAAGAGGUGGUGGAAAAUGAAGAAUAUCUGGUCAACUUCGACUGUGGCGGUCGUGAAAUUGCAAUCAACAUUCACCUUGGCACCGGGUUUCCGAAUGAAAAGCCAAAGCUAAUCGUUAGUCCCAUUCUGCGCCACCAGUGGGUUAACCCGACAACCGGUGAGAUUGAGGGUGCUCCAGGAAUUCUAAAUUAUACGAUCCAUUCCGACCUGGGACGAAUAGUGCAGGCGGUAGGAAGGGAGUUCGAGAAGCACCCGCCGAUGGUCUUUAACGAGACCCCAUCCACACCGCAACACCAUUCCCAUCCCCAGUCGCAAUGUCGCAACGGAAACGUUCACGAGUUCGCCGGCGAACCCCGGAACGUUGUGUCGCCGAACAGCAGUCACGAACAGGAUCCGUUCGGGUUGCAAAAACUAACCACCGAGGAACUGUCCCGCCUGGACGAGGACGAAGACUAUCGGGAGGACUUUAUCGAAAAGCUACCGUUCGUGCAGCAUCAAACCGAUGAAAUGGAGCAGUUGAUGACCCGCAUCGAAGCGCUGGCCACGGACAAUCUGGCCCGCCGCGAAGCACUCGAAGAGCGCAAAGGCCACCUUGAAUCACUGGCAAUCGAGUUCAAGCGGCUCGGCCAGCACUGGGAAAGUGCCAGCCAGCGGUAUCAGCGGAAGGCCGAAGAUUUUUCACCACAACACAUCAAGGAGCUGCUCCAGAUUGCCGUGUCGACGGCGGAUGCCAAGAGUGACGACGAAGCGCAGCGUUUCCUAGCCGGCGACACGGACGUCGGAGCAUUUUUGCAAAAUUUCAUCGAAACCCGCAAACUCUACACGCAACGGAAGGCGAAGGAGGACCGGCUUGUGCAGCAACUAACGGCUCUGGAGCGCGCUGCCUUCUGAACACCGAGAGAGCCCUGGGUGGAAACAUUUUCUUGUGAUACUUUUUCGUUAUGUAGCGCAUGGCGUGCAUUAUUCUCAUUCGCUUACUAAAGCAAUUCCUCGA